AUAAAUCCACACGCAUGUUGAGUUUUCUGAAACCAGGAAAAAUGAGUGAAACAAUAGAGGAAGAAGACAUGUUGAGUUCACUUCCAGACGCCAUUCUUAUUGAAAUUCUCUCUCUCCUCCCAAUCAAUUCCGCCGCCGUCACCUCCGUGCUAUCCCACCGUUGGCGCUACCUCUGGACAGGCGUCAACCGCCUCCAAUUUGAAGCUGAAGCUUCCCAUUUCACCGACAUAGCCGACCAUAUCUUAGGUCAGCUUACCUCUCAUAAACUCCGUGAUUUUGAACUUUUUUUGUCAUCGCCGUCCGAGUUACCUGAGGAUGAUGCACUAGAAUCAAGCUUCCGUCACGUUUGUCGCCGAAAUGUGGAGAAGAUUUUUAUUCAUGUACAAUGUUCGUUUUAUGAAGAAUUCUUUUUUGUGCCUGCUUGUUUGUUUACUUCUCAAUCUCUCGUGAUUUUGGAGUUGGUUGGUAAGCUUAAGUUUGAUUUGCUUGCUGAUGAUGAAAUUGGAACUAUCCAAAUUCCUAAUUUGAAGAAACUUAGUUUGGAUUACCUUCUUGAUGUCCCGCUUUGGUUGGGGAAUCUAGUUAGGUCUUGCCCGCUGUUGGAAAAUUUGAAUUUGGUGUUCAAGUUGGAUUGGGCGGAAUCUGAAAUUGCGGAUUCUGUGGAUAUAUGUGCUCUUAAUUUGAGGUUAUUGAAGAUAGAUUUGGAAUUUGUGGGUCGGACACAGCGCAUCAAUAUAUCUAUUGAUGCACCUAAAUUGGAGCAUCUUAAUUUACGUGAUUGCACUUCGUAUUAUGAUUUCGUUCGGAAUCCAACUGCAUUAGUCAGGGCGUGUAUUGAUUUGAUUAAGGAGGAACGCUACCUAGAGGAUGAAGAUGAUAUGGAUUGGUUUCCUAGUAAUCAUUAUCUUCAUCACAUGUCCAAGUUUGUUGGAGGGAUGUCUAGUAUUAGCAGCCUUGAUUUAAAGCUAGAGAGAGAUUCCAAUAUAUUCACUUACCUUAGUUCUGUGGAUGAUGGGUUUUUACCAGUCUUUCGUAAUCUAAGCAAUUUUGAAAUGACCUUGGAUGGUAUCGGGCUUAAUGGUUGGAAAGAUUUGAUACUUUCACUGCGAUGCUUUCCUUACUUAAAGCAUCUUGAGGUGAACAUGGAAGGUGAUCCCCCAAUGGAGCUUAAUCAUUGGUGUGAACCAGGUUCUGUACCAGAAUGUUUGGUAAGUAAGAUGAAGACCUUACAAAUAAGGGGACUUAUAGGAAUCGAUGAUGACCUCAAAUUACUAGCUUAUAUUCUGAGUAAUGGAGUUGUUUUGGAUGAGCUUUGCGUAGAUGUUUGUAUCAGAAAUGAUUGUAAAGAAGCUCUACAUUGGAAGGAACGCAAGUUUUGUAUGUCCUUGUUCAAGCUUCCAAGGAGCUCGUCAACUUGUGAAGUUGUGUUUUCAGGUAGGUCUGCCACAACAUCAAGUAGUGCCUUCAAAAAUGAAUACCUUACAUGUCAAAUGUACCUGACUGAUUGACAUUGUAUUUGCAACUUCUUGUUCUCCAAAAGACAACUUUCGUGCACAUGGGUGGCAGGUGGCGGUGGGGAUUUUUGCAACAUGAAAGCUGUGUUUGCUGAUGAUGAGAGGUCGAGAAGCCUCUAAUUUCCCUUCUGUUCGGAGCUUCAGACUGCUAAAGGUAGGCAGUUGCUCUCUGUGGUCAAACAGUCAAAUGCAGAUUUUUGUACUCACCAAGUCACCUGAGUAUUGGGAAGUGAAAGGUGCCUUCUCUUUGUGUUUUUUUUGUGCGUGUUCAAUACAAAGUAGAAAAGCUAGUCAUUAAAAGAACUGUGAAUCAUAUAUGGCCAUAAUCUAUUGUCUACUUGUGGAAAUUAAUUUGCAGGUGAUGUUAGGUAUAUAUAGCACAUCUUUCAGAAAAAAAAUGUUAAAGUUAUUCUGAUGUCGCCAGUUGUUAUCACAUUACUCAUUACUCAUUAGGACUAACCAGAGUCUCGUUUCUCUGCGCUAUUCUGAGACUAUGAAGUGUGGAUGAAUUACCACAAAUAUGAUGUGAACCAUUACUACUGUCUAAUAUUCAAUUAUAAAGAAGAUAAUUAUUUGC